CACACAGGAGAAGUAGAUGAAGAUUAAAUUGAAAGGUGAUGAUUUUAAAAGGACAGAGAUGGACCUCGGAGCUGGGCAGGAGGUGUGGUUCUUAUUUGAAUAUCAGGUGAAGAGAUGGUGAUAUCUGGUGUUACCCAGAACCGAGAGAUAGACAAUCAUCACACAGCAGCCCAGGGCUUAGAUCUCAACAAUGUGGCACCUCCUCGCACUGGGCUGCCUCUUCUUCCCCUGUCUGUUCAUCCUCAUCCAGAGAUCCUUGCAGAAAAACUUCCCAAAGUUAACAGAUGAAGACACGGUCAACAUCAGUGUCAGAUUUGUUUCCUCUGUGCAAGGUUUCAUGGCGGCAUUCGCUGGCUUCAUCAUAACUUCCUCCUGCAAGCAUGUGAUGAAAGACAGGCAUUGGAUUUCCACAGACUACGUGGUGUUUGCUGCACCAUACAUGGCUUAUGACAUUUACGCCAUGUACCUGUGUCACUGGUUCAAGCACAAGGCAAAAGACAGCAAUGGGUUGAAGACUUCAUCCACCAACAUUGUGAUAGACUUUCUGAAGAAAAAUUUCUUGAUUGUGCUACAUCAUCUCACGCUGUUACUCAUCUGCUUCCCCAUUGUGGUGUAUUACAGAAAAGGCCUUGGAGAUUUCUUCCUGGGAUGUCUGUUCUUGGCCGAACUCAGUACACCGUUUGUCUCAUUUGCCAAAAUACUCAAACGGUUCAGAAAGCAGAACACAUUGCUGUACAAGGUCAACGGUGUCAUCCUGUUGGCGACAUUCUUCCUCUGCCGUAUCCUCGUGUUCCCCUACAUGUACUGGGCCUACGGCAAGCAGUAUGGGAUCCCUGCCCACCUUGUCCCCUUCCGCAUCCCCCUGCACUGCACCUUCGGUAACGCCAUGCUGAUGACUCCUCAGGUUUACUGGCUCAGCCUGAUCAUCGGGAAGGCAGGGAAGACUGUGAAGGUGGAGUGACGAGACAAUGAGGACGGCGCUGCUGCUGUUCCCACUUGGCGGGUGACAGUGACUCCCUGAGUGUGCGUGAGUGUGUGUGUGUGGUUUGGAAAUAUUACCCUUGUUUUUUUACUUACACACUGAGGUAAUUUUAUUCGUAUGACUAUUACCAGCGCUUAAUGGGAAUUUCAUGGGCCUAUGGUCUCUCUUUGCAGACAGAAAGUUGCAUGUACCUCAACUUCCGUUACUUAGUCUGCUGCCAGUAAAUGGUGGUAAAAUUACCCCUUUUUUUACUUUGAUAAUGACAAAAGAUUCUACUUGAUAUAUAUUUUAUAAAGUAUAUUGUGGUUUAUUUAAUAAAGAUUAUAAGCCUAGUUGUUCUCAAUGUUGUACACUACCUUGAAAUUUGUUAGCAAGCAGUACCUGUUUUGAAUGUAAAACCUGACAAUGCAGUUUGUGGGCUACGUUUUAAAAAUAAA